AUGGCUAAACGAGGAGAAACCUGGAGUGAUGAUGAAGUAUUGGCAUUAAUAUCGAUUUGGAGUCAAGAAUCAAUUUUAAAGAUGCUGGCAACAUCACGUAAAAACAAGGACAUAUACGGGAAAAUGAGUGCAAAACUGGAAACCCUGGGGUUCCAACGCGAUUUUACACAAUGUAGAACAAAAGUUAAGCACUUGAAAACCACAUAUAAAAAGUACAAAGAUGCACUGGCUCGUUCAGGGGCUGCAAGAGUGAAAGAACCGAAGUUUUUUGAGCAGCUAGAUGUUUUUCUUGGUGACCAACCUGAGGCCACUGGAAUUGAUGCAGCCAUCGAUACUUUGUCUUCGUCAAUUUCAGAAGAAACGGAAAAUAAAUCAGAUCUAGGCAA